UUUGGACGGUGAUAAGGGUUAUCUAAGGGGGGAUUUUCAAUAACUUUAGAUUGCGGGAAAACUAACAGGUGCAGCGGUGUCUCUGUUCCCCAUUACUCGUGUUGGCUGUGGGUGUAGGAGUACCUAUGGAAAGGUGUGUUGUGGAAGAGUGUUGGUUAUCACAAGGCAUAAAGAUUGCCUACAUUUAUAUUGGGGCAUUUUCGAUUCGAUAUAUAGAGCGGCUCCCACCUUACAAGAAAGCUUUACUAUUUAAGAAUCCUCACUUUACUGAGCUUUGAAAUUUUUAGCUGAGAACCUUUGAUAUUUUCUGUUUGUUUCCACCUUAUACGUAUUGUAGUAAUUGCUAAUUCACCUUUCAAAAAAGAAUAAAUCUCCGUAGUUUCCUUUGAGUGUAUUUCGCUUUUCAUUGAUUUUUAUUUUUCUCAAUUAAUAACCUUGAUAUUCUUUUAAAAGAUAAGCCGACAAGACUUCUAGUAAAUGAAUAGUAGUCCUUUAUUGAAUUUUAAGUGAACCUUCCUUCCACAAGGCUGGCCUUCCCCCACCCUAGAUUAACUAGAUUUCGCGGUCGCUAGCUUCCUUUUCGGCGCCGACAAAUCAAAUGAUGUGAGCUUGCCCAUAAAAACCCAACUAUUCGCAGCACUCGCUCAGUCGAAACUUAAUUGGCAAAGUGUUAAUUGCGUUUGGGCACUUUUGGCCAACCGGUUCGACAGAGAAAAUGCCAAAACAGAGAUAGCAAGCAGGCAUUUCGUAGAUUUUUCUAGUCUGAGAACUAUGCCAAAAAUCGUAAAAUGAACGAAUGGAAGCCGGGUGCCCCGAAGCAGUUGCAGCUAGAUCAUGGAUGAGCGCGAAAAGGACGAGGCGAAGAGUCACUCGCAGACGAACUCUGCAGAGGAUGUCGACCGCGCAGUCUCCGAGGAGGCUCUGCAGGAGCGGGAGCACCGCUCCACCGUCUACACCAGGCCAGUGGGGAUAUCCCAGGGCACGGACACCAAGGAUGAUCCGCUGCCGCCGCGGAAGAGGAAGAAGAUUCCACCAGCGGUGCCGGCGAAGAAGCAUGCGGGUGGAACCGACUCCCAGACGGAGGCCACAAGUGCCGACAGCGCGGCCAGUGCCCCCAGAUCCCAGCCAUCCCUGCUCCGCUCUGCCAGCAGUGAGUUCCCCUCGAGCUCCCACUCUUCCCGCAGAGAGGAUAGGACUCUCCGAACGCGCUCCCUGGAUCGCGACAGUUACUCUUCGGAAGAUGUGUCGCCGAGGGUCACGGAGACCAGAACCAGGAAGUUCACCACUCGCCACAUAGACUAUGACACGGCCGAGGUCCUGAGGGACGGAAGGGCCGAGGGCAAGGAGCAGCAGAGCGAGUCCCGUCAAGACGAAACCGCCUCCUUUCACUGGCGGCCUUCGGCCUCCUCGAUCAACAUCCAGGCUGUGGAGGGCUGUGUGGCCGGGGUGACGGGCUUCGUGGUCACCGCCCUGGCCAUGGGUCUCCUCAUCAUGAUCUCCUGGUUCAUCAUCUCCCAAAUGGACAUCAUUCUGAAGGUGGUCACCUGGUUGGCCACAUCGCUCCAGGAGUCCAUGCAGAUCUUCGAGCCUCAGCAGAACCGCCCUCUACCGGAGUCCAAGCGGGUCGACGAUUUUCCGGACUGAAACCCCCGAUAUGAAGUCCCCGAAGCGAUAUCUCCGAAGUGAGAUCCCCGAUUAUGGGUGCUAUGUGACUCAUCCCCCACCGGCAAUCGCGUGUGCCCUGCUGACACUAUCUGGUCUUGUUCUUAGCCUCUUAAAGGUUGCCACUGGUCUUAUCUGCAGACCUUCUCCUUUCGCUGACUCAGCCGACGUGGGGGUUUAUCUAACGCUUAUCACCGCUGCACUUGUUAUUGUUAUUGCCCCGCGUGCUAUUUCCAUCCAGCUUAAGAUAACUAUUCUCCCAUUUAAUGUGAUUAACAACCUCCCUUC